AUGAUUAUUCAAACUAUGGACGAGAAUCCUGAAUUUGAUAUCGUAGAUAUUACAAAGAAAUUAAGUAUUGAUGUACUUCAUGCUGUGGAAAUGCCUGCACAAGAAGCAGCUUGGUAUUUAUUACGCAAACCAAUGGCUAAAUCAUCUGUAGCAACAGUUUACAUACCAACGAUAUACCCAACAGAACGUCAGAGAAUAAGAAAAACUUUAAAAGAGCUAAGUGAUUUAGAUGAUGACUGUACAAAUAUAUGGAAGGAAAAUUGGUUCGAUAAGUACGAAAAAAGGCCUGAAAUUCUUGAAAAUUUAACAUUAGCUCAAUUUGUUGCUAAUUAUAGUAUGAGAAAACACGGAGAGUACUACAAAAGAAAAAUGUCUAGAGUUAUUAGAUACCGUAACUAUGAUAUGGCUAACAAUUUCAACGAUUAUAGACGAGAAAUGGUGUUACUACACAUUCCUUUUAGAAGUGAAGAUAAUGAAGUUCUUGCUGAAAAUAAAUUCAUUCAAAUUUAUGAAGAUAAUAAAAACUUGAUUUUAGAACGUAGGAAAGAGUUUGAAUCUAAAUUAGACCUAGAAAAAACACUUGAAAUUUGUAGACAGUUAGGUAGAGAUGAUGACAAUGAAGACGAACAGUUGCGAAACGAAGCUAAUGUCAUAUUUGAAGAAGAUCCAUAUGCAAGAUUACUACAGGAUGUUAAUUCUGUCGUUAAUGCUGAUAUACGAAAUGCUACACUCAGCAAACUUGGUGCUAUUGCAAAAAAAAGAGAAAAUACAAUGGAUACCCAACAAUUCUACGACUUAAUGAGUUCGGCUAACAGUGAGCAAAAAGAACUUUUAAUGCAUAUUAUAUUUCAUCUUCAAACUCAAAAUCAUCAACCAUUUCAAGUUUUUUUCACUGGUCCAGCAGGCAGUGGCAAGACUCUUGUUAUUAAACUUAUAAUGGAAAUCUACAAUAGAUAUACUGACAAUGAUGGUUACUGUAAUUCGUAUAUAGUUUGCGCAUCUACUGGUAAAGCUGCUGUGGCAAUUGAUGAAGCUCCAGAUAAGGUCAUCUCAAUAGCAAAGGAUAUAAUAACUGGAACUAAAAAUCAAGAACAAGAAGCUUCUUUUAGAUUACAACUACACAAAAAAUCUGUCAUCGAUACUGGGGGAUUACCUUACCAAAUCACUUUUGUAAAAGGAAAGUAUUAUCUUAUCACAACAAAUAUUGAUGUACGUGAUGGAUUAGUUAAUGGUGCCGUUGGUAAAUUAAUUCACCUAGACUUCAAUGAGGACAACGUAGUUUGCAGAGUUUGGCUCGAAUUCUGUGGAUCAGCAAAGGUUGGACAAAAAGCAAGAAAAAAAGCUGCUUUACUAGCUGUCCAAAGCAAAGUUAAUAAUGCUGCUGUACCCAUUGAAUGGCGAACAUCCAACAUAACCAUGAUAAGGAAUAAAGCAGUUACUGUUAAACGUAAACACUUUCCCAUAAUUUCUGCUUGUUCUAUGACUAUUCAUAAGUCACAAGGUGGAACAUUUGAUCAAAUUGUUUAUGAGUAUGACAAAAUACAUCCACAACAACUUGUUUAUGUUGCUCUCUCUCGUGUAACAAGCAUGGAAGGUUUAUUUAUCGUUACAUUUGAUGAUGAUGAAACUAAAUUUCGAUUUCAUCAUAAUCGAGUACAAGCUUCAUCAACAAUAUCUCUAGUACAAGAGUUUCAGAGAUUGUCAUUAAAUAAGCUUGAAACGAAGGCAAAAUCUGUCAUUGAUUUCAUUACUAGAGAUAAAGGCAUUUCAUUGUGUGGAGUUGCGAUAUAUCACAACAUAAAUGAUACGACCAAUCUUGUAACACCAAAUAUGUCGGUCAUAAUGAACAAUAUUCAGGACUUGCACGUAAGACGUACAAGUGUUGCAGAUUUAUGUGUAGCAGAGUGUGUAAUGGAAAACGGUGUUACCUUAAUCAUGGCAGUCAUAUAUGUCUCACCAAAUAACAUAUUAAUAGAUAUUCAGGAGUUCAUUCAUCGAGCACUGCUAGAGUAUUCUAAAGAUGUAUCUCGAACGCUUAGCAGAUACAACAAAAAUUUAGAUAAAGUUCCACUCAUUUUAGCCGGUGAUUUUAACAUCAACUUCAGUAAUGAAAAAUCAAAACAAUUGCUACAGUUUCUAGAGGAAGAAUUUGAUUUAAGAAUUAACAAUAAUCCAGCAGAAUCAACAACAAAAUAUAAUACUACUAUUGAUGCAGUUUUUUCAAGACAUUUAAAUAAAAUAGAAUCCCAAACAUAUGUUUCCUACUUCAGUUACCACAAGCCAAUUAUUACGAAAAUUGAGCCUACUGAUUAA